GUGUAUAAUUAAUAUUUAAUACCUCAGUUAUCUGGUCACAUUCGAAUGCAAUGAUAAUGUCGGUUUAUGAAAACGUAGACUAUGAUUGCUUGUUGGCGAAAAUGGACCGAAAAUCGUUUGUGAUCGAUGUCCGCGAAUGUCACGAACUUGCUGCAACUGGAUCGUUACCAAACAGUAUAAACAUUCCACUUGGCGAGUUGGAAAACGAUUUAAAUUUGCCCACUGACGUAUUUAAGGAAAAAUACAAAGUGCCCAAACCCGACAAAGAAAACGACGAAAUCGUAUUCUCCUGUGCCCGAGGAAAUAGAAGUCGUCGUGCAGCUGAAAUCGCUUUCAAACUAGAUUAUAAAAAGUUAUAUAAUUACACAGGCGGUUGGAUUGAAUGGUCGGUGAAAUAUCCAAGUACAUAAUAUUAUUUAAUAUUUGGUAACAAUAAAAUACUAAAUAACUAAAUAAGUAGUACCAUUGGUUACAAUUACAAAUGCUACCAAUGGUACUUACUGCACUAUUGUCUAUUACAGUAUUACCUACCUAUAUAGGUACUGGCAUAUUUCUUUAUGUCUCAUUGACUCAAUGUCAGUAAACAUACCUAAUACCUAUGAUUUAUCUUCUUAUAUAAUUAAUUUGAUUUUUAAUACCUACACAUAUUAUGAUUAAAGUUUAUAUUUUGUAACUCCCAUAAAUUAAUGAGGAAAUACCUACAUAUAUUAUACAUUUAUUUUAAUUUUGUCUCUUGUACGAAAUAUAUAUAUUUUUUUAAUCUUUUUACUAAUACCUAUUGAUGGGUAAUAGACCAAUAUUGUCAUAACCCUCAGUUUGGUUAAAAAUGAUAUUCGAUCAGUAUGAGAUUUCAACAAAGUAUAUUAAGUUUCAUGAACAUCUUUUUUUGUUUUAAGUUUUGACCAAGUGUUAUCAGUUAUAACUUGUAACAAAUUCAAUUUUUAUCAUAUAAUUUUAGUAUUUUUCUUUUAUUUGAACUUCGUAAGCCAUUAGCUAAUAGAUUGGUACAUGGACAAACGCUGCCAAAUGUUGUAAGCCUAGGUAGUAGUCACUUGUCAUGAACAUUAAUAUAGUAGCCAAAUGGCUUAUAUAUAUUAUAUGCUAAUUGCUAAGUCUCAGUGGCGUAACUUCAAAAUUUGGGCCCGAGAGCAAAAUUUUCAACGGGCCCCCCAUCGUCCCGGUAUAUAUAUUAAGAAGAUCUGGUGGAGUGUAUUCACCUCAGUAAAAUUACUAAAAAAAAUUUUUUUAAAUAUUUUUGCAUAUUAUUUUAUUAAAUACACAUUUUAUUAUUUUAUAAUCAUUUAAUUAACAAUGGAUAUUUAUUAUUAAUUUAAUACUUCAUAUUAUAUACAUACAAAAAAAAUUAGUUAUAGCAGUUGUAACAAAUAACAAUUAACUCAAAACUUUAAACAUUCUUCUGGACUUCUUAUUUGCCAAAGUAGAAAUAAUAUGAAUUAAUAUUGGAUUAAUAAAAUUU